AUGGCAUCAACUCCAGAACAUGUGUUGCCAACCUUGGCAGCCAAGGACAUGGCUAGUGUUCAUUGCUUGGGCUGCUCUCCAUAUUACUAUAGAUACCUGAGAAAGAAUGAUAGCACUCUAUAUUACCAAAGCAAUAUUACUCCCAAACUUCCACUCCUCUUCUCUCCUGUCCUCAACAGAUGGAAAGGUUACAGCGUAUGUUCGCCGCCGCCGGAGUCACAUUGUGCCAUCACCGACGUAAUCUCCCACUCUCGAUUCAUCGGAGCGAGAUUUCUUGCUUUGAAAAUGGUCAAACAAGGGUUUUGUGAUGGAGAAUUUAUCGGGAGAGCGAGAGUUCCGAUGGAAGUGAUGGGUUUGAUGCUUGAGGAAUUUGUGGACGAGUACGCAACUCCCAAACUUCCACUCCUCUUCUCUCCUGUCCUCAACAGAUGGAAAGGUUACAGCGUAUGUUCGCCGCCGCCGGAGUCACAUUGUGCCAUCACCGACGUAAUCUCCCACUCUCGAUUCAUCGGAGCGAGAUUUCUUGCUUUGAAAAUGGCUUUAGUUCCUGGCCUAAAGAGGCAUUAUUACUCAAUUGCAAUCAACUACAGAAAGUACGAGCUUGAGGAGAGAAUUUUACUGAACCUUCACAAAAACAAACAGACAGAUGGAUUGACUCUUCGGUGA